AUGAUUAAAAAUGUUUUUUGUGUUGCUUUAAUAAUUUUACUUUUUCUGAUAUCUAUAAAAUGUGAAUAUAUAACGAAUGAAAAAAGAAGCGAGUUUUGGGGGGAUGUUGAAAAGGGGAAUAAAAAUGAUGAGAAAAAAAAAAAUAGGAAUUAUAAAAAAGUGAAACUAGCCAAAACUGAAGAAAUAGUCUCUGGGUAUGCAAAUUCCGAAGAUAAUAAAAUAAGUGACAAAGAUAAGAAAAGCAUAUCUUAUAAAUAUAAAAACUAUAUGGAAUAUUUUCAAAAUGAAAUUGGAAAAUAUGAUAACAUUAUCGAUACUUUAAUACUAAGAAAUGUAAACCGAAAAAAAUAUGACUUUUAUAAUAUUUUAGAAGAAUAUUCUCUACAUACAAAAAUAAGUAAAGAUAUAUAUGACCAAUUGUGGUCAUUAAUAAAUAUAAUAAAAAAUAAUAAUAUUUUGAUAAAAAUGUAUAAUAGGAAAAAUGGAGAAAUUGAUGAGCUAGUUUUUAAAAAACAUUUAAUUUUCUCAAUAUUUAAAUGGCAUAGUUUUAUAAAAAUAAAUGAGGGUUUUAAUAAAAACGAUUUUGUAUUUUAUAUUGAUAAAAAAAAUAUGAACAGUCAUAAAAAAAAAAUAUAUAGCUAUAAAUAUUUUUAUAAUUUUAUAUUAAAUGGCUCGAAUUCUGAACAGUUCAUAUUUUAUAUUAAUUUAAAUAAGAUUUCAUUUUUAGACAUUUUAGAAAAAUAUAAUAAAUAUAUGUAUAUUAUAAAUAGUUCGAAAAGAAAUUAUCCACAUUAUAUGUAUAAUAGUGAAAAAUUCAGUGGAUUUAUAUAUUCAUAUUUUUUAAACUUAGACAAGAAUUUAUCGAAUAAAUAUAUGAAAAUUAUAAAAUUAUUAAUAUGGAAAAAUAUAAUUUUUGAUAAAAAUUUUGAUAUUUAUAAAAAAAUCGGAAAAUCUAACAAGAGUUUAAUUUUGUAUAAAUAUAAAGAAAUUGAGGAGGAUGUUAUUUUAGAUUAUGUUAAUGCGGAAAUCGAAUUAUUAUUUUCAAAUAUUUCCAAAUUGUUCAUAGAUAUUAUAAAUGAUGUGCAUGCAGUGUACUAUCAAGAAUUGCAAAAGGAGAAGACAAAAAAUGAGGAAUUAAAAAAAAAUAAGAUAGAUUCUAAAGUAAAUAAAAAUAAUAGUGAGUCUUCCAAUUUGGCUAGUAAAAAAAAAGAAUAUUUGAAAGGGAACGAAAUAAAUGAGAGUUAUAAAAAAGAGACAGCGGACAAAAUAGAUGACAAAAAAUAUGAUGGCAUAAAAUAUGAUGACAAUAACGAAUAUGGUGAAGGUGAUUUUUUUUUAAAAAACUUAAAUAAAUUAUUUAAUUUUGAUAUUGAUAAAGAAAAGGAUGAAAUAAAUGACUAUAGAAAUUUAUAUGAGCUUAGAGACGGUUUUAUAAUAAAUAAAAAGAACCCAAAUAAACAGAUUCCAUUAAUUUUUAAUCCGAUAAAAGAUAUAUUUUAUAUAUUGAACAAUAUAAAUAUGAAAAAAAAAAAGAAUUUUAAAGAAAUACAUGACUAUCUUAAAGUAAUAAUAAAUUAUAAGGGACAAAAUUUUUAUGAUAAUAAAUUAAUUUGUAGUAAAGAUUAUAAAAAUAUUUUUUUAAAAAAAAGCGUAAAGAAUAAUAACCAUUUUAAUAAACAAAAUGAUAAAUGGAAAGGACCUUUAUUUAAUGUAAAUAAUAUGCAUGAUAUAAAUAAAAUUGCAAAUGAUAUUUUUUUAUUUGGUGGUGAUAUAUAUGAUAUGAAAGAAAAGGGAAGCGGAAAAGGACAGAAAAAGUAUAAUGGUGGGAAUUAUGGAAAUGGUGGGAAUUAUGGAAAUGGCGGGAAUUAUGAAAAUGGUGAUAUAUACGAAGGAAUCGAAUUAAAUAAUAAAACCCCAGUUGCUAAAUUAACAAAAGAUCUAAUACAUGACCAACUAAAAUUACUAAAAAAUGAAUAUAUAGAUAAAUUAAAAAAUGAAUCAAUUUGUGUUUUAGGGUUUUUAUAUUUGAUAGGAAUAAAUGAUAAUAAUGGAAAGUUAAAAUUUCCAUAUGGAUUUCCAAGAAACAUCGAAUAUGCAAUAAAACUAAUAAUGCAAGGUAGUGAUGGUUUAUGCAAUUUUUUAAGUGGAAUUUUAUAUCAUAUAAAUUUCCCAGCGUUUGUUAAUAAUUCUAUGGCUUCAAUAUCUAGUGAUAUAAGCAAUAAUAUUUUAGAAAAUGAUAAUAUAAUAAAUAAUUUUUUUUAUAUUUAUUAUAAAAAUAAUAAUGAUAAAAAAAUAAAAAUUAAUGAAUUUUUAUCAGAUAAAAAUAGAAUUAUACCAAAUAAAAUAGAUAAUAUAAAAUCCAAAAUAAUAUCUUAUUCAUUAGGAUCAACCAAAGAUGAUACAUUUAGUAAAUUAGCAUAUACUAAUAAUAUGCUUCGUAUAAAAUAUAAAAAUGAAUAUAAUAAUAAUAUAUAUUUAAGAGAAUAUUUUGAUUAUAUAUAUGAUAAAAAAGAUUAUAAACAUAGUUAUAUAAAAAAUAAUAUAUCUCCUUUUUUAAUGUCAUGUAAUUAUUUAUUACGAAAUGUAUUAGGAGAAGUUGUAGAUUCCUUAAGAUAUUCUAAUGGUAUUGAAAGUGGAAUAUAUCAAGAAUACAUUCAUGAAAAUCAUAAACAUAUAUUAAUAAAUGAUGGUGAAGAAAAUAGAAAUUUAUUUGAAUAUUUUUCAAAAUUAGCAGAUAAUAGAAAUACAUAUGCUUUAGCAGCAUUAGGUGAAAUUUAUUAUUUUGGAAAUGAAAAUAUUGGAAUUGAAAGAGAUGAAAUGAAAGCUCUUGAUUUUUGGAAAAUGGCAGCAGAUCAGGGUGACAGUGCAUCUGCACUUUCAUCUGGAUAUGUAUUUUUAGAUGAAUACAAAAGGUUAUCUAAAAAAGAAGAAAUUGCAAAAUCUAUGGACAAAAAAGAAUUAAUUAAGCAAAUAAGAAUUGAAAAAAAAAUGGAAGAAAAAAAAAAAGAAAGAAAAGAUGAUGAUGAUAAAAAUGGAAUGAAUAAAGGUAAGGAUAAUGACAAGUUUGAAAAGGAGGGAGAAUAUAUUGUUUACCCUAACAUAAGUGCUGGCGUAGGAAAUUUUGUGGGUUCUGCACCGGGUUCUAAUACCGAAACGGGUUCAACUCCAAAUAAUAUGACUAAUGGCGAGUCAAGCAAUGUGGGUGGUUCAGCAUUUAGCUCUCGAACGGUAGGGAACGUGCCAGAUGUAGGAAGUGUGCCAGAUGUAGGAAGUGUGCCAAGUGUGGGAAGUGUGCCAAAUGCAGGAACUGGGCCAAGUGUGGGAAGUGUAUCAAAUGCAGGAACUGGGCCAAGUGUGAACCCGACGAAUAGACCACCUUCUGAACCGCAAGUAGUGGUAGAUGUAAAAAAUGAGAUUUUAAAUGUAAGAGGAGAAAAUGGAAUCAGUAGUUCAGAAGAAAAUAUGAUAAAUGAAUAUAUGAAUGAACUUAGUGAAAAAAUUAAUAAUUUAAUGAAAAGUGCUGAAAAAUAUUUUUAUAAAGCAGCAAAAAAUAAUGAAGAAAAUAUCGAAAAUUUAUUAGCAAAAUAUAAUAUAUAUAAAUUUGGAUUUGGAAUAGAAAAAGAUAUAAAAUUAGCUGGUGAAUAUUUAAAAAAAGCAGCUGAUAAAGGAGACAAUAUUUCACAAAUGUUAAUUGGGCAUUAUUAUUCAGGAAGUGAUAUAGGAAUAAUAUUAAAAGAUUAUGAUCCUAAUAAUGUAACAAAAAAUUUAAAAACUUCAUAUAAAUAUUAUUCUAAAUCUGCACAAAAUGGUAAUAUAAUUUCUUUAUAUAAUAAAAAUAUAUUAAUAUUAAAAGGAAUAGAUUCAAAAUAUAAAAGUUUUGAUGACAGAUGUGAAAUAACAUUGAAGCCAUUACAUUUUAUUGGAAUGUUUAAUGAACGUGUACAUGUUUUACUGAAAUUGCUAAAAAGAAAUUAUAAAUUUAAAGAUUAUACAGGUGCAUUAUUAUUAUCUAUAAUUUUAUCAGAAUUAGGAGAUCAUUCGAAUAACGUAAAUGCAUCUAUAUUAUGGGGAUUGAAAAAAAAUACAAUAAAAACCUUUUUAGAAAAAUAUAACAAAAUAGAGAACAUUUUAAGAGACUACAAAGCCAGUGUUGUAAAUUCUGAAAAUGCUGAAACGGUUGGAAAGGUUGAAGAUGAAGAAAACUAUUUUAGCCAUGUUAUAAAAAAAAUAUAUAAGAAAGAAAAGGAUGUUAAAUAUGAAUUUAUAAAAAAUAAUGAACAGAAGAUUAUAAAAUUUUUGCUAAAAUAUUGUAGUAUUGCAAAUGGUAGUUUAGAAAAUAGUCGUAUGUGUCAAAAUUUAAGAAAAGAAUUAAUAAAUAAUCGUAAAGAAUAUAAAAGUGUAAUAAAUAAUAAAAAUAUAAACACAUCUAAAAUUGAUAAAUAUCCAAAUAUUUUAAAGGAAAAUAUAGAAUCAUAUAAACCUAUUGAAUUAUUUGAAAAAUAUGAUGAUAUAAUAUUAAAAGAAGUGAAAAAUGAGAAAAAAAUUUUUAAAAAAAUCGAAAAAAUAAAAAAAAUAAAAAAAGAAAUAAUGGAAUAUUUAAAAUUAAGUGAAUUUUUACAUUGUUAUUAUAAACCAAUGUCUUAUUAUCAAAUUAAGCUUUUUGAAGAAAAAGAAAAAGAAAUAAGUAAUUUAAAAAAUAAAAAAAUAAAUUAUGAAUAUUAUUUUUAUAAAAGUGGAAAAAAAAAUAAAAAUAUAAAAAAUUUAUAUGAUUCAGAAUUUUAUAGAUAUUAUAUGUUACUUUAUGAUAAUGAUGUAAAAGAAAUAUAUGAUUAUAAAAAGAAGUAUUCAUCUAAAAUAUUUAAUAAAAUACAAAAUUUUUCUGAUAAUUGUGAUAUAUGCAAACAAUAUUAUGAUAUAUAUUCAUCAUUUUAUGGAUAUCAAAAAGCAACAAUUAAUUUAAUUAAAAAAUAUAAAUAUGGUGAUAAUUUUACAAUUAAAAGUAAAAUAAAAGAACUUCAGCUUUUAACCAAAUCAUCAGAUGAAAAUAAUCAUGAGCUUUUAUAUCAUAAAGCUUUGUUUUUAGAGAAUAAUAAUUUAGAACCUUUAGAAUUAAUUUUAGAAAUAUAUUUUAAGUUAUCAACAGAUGAACAUAAUGCAUGUAAUGUUAUUGGAAUUUUCCGAAUUUUCCGAAUUUUAUUUAAAAAACUUAUUAAUGACUUCAGUUGGAUAUUAAGGAAUAUAAUUUCUUUUUUCUAUAAAAUUAUAAAUUUUGAAAAUAUAAAAAUAAAUGAAAUUUUUGGAAAAAAAAAUAUAAAACCUUAUCAUAAAUUUGGGUUUAUUAAUAAUUCUAGUCUUUGCUAUUUACAAAAUAAUUUUUUUUUUAUUUCAGAAUAUAAUCAAAAAUGUUUAAAUUUCGAUUACAUAUUAAAUAAUAAUUAUAUAUAUUCUCAGUUUAGUUAUUUUCAUAUUUUUAAAUUUUUGAAAAAAAUUAUUUUAUCUUUUUUUCAAUUAUAG